GCCAAGUUUGGUUCUCUCCUGCUGCUGAGCUCCUGAUUUGGCUCCCCAAGCGAUAAGCCGCCCGAUAUAGUCUGAGGAGCCUGUGCGUGACACCAGCCAGACCUUCUUGGUUCUUCAGGAGGACACCAAAGAUGGCCAGCAGAAAAGCUGGGACCCGAAGCAAAGCUGCUGCCAAGCGUGCCCAGAGGGGAUCCUCUAAUGUCUUCUCCAUGUUCGAGCAGUCACAGAUCCAGGAAUUCAAGGAAGCAUUCAGCUGCAUUGACCAGAAUCGGGAUGGCAUUAUCAGCAAAUCAGAUUUGAAAGAGACAUAUGCUCAACUUGGGAAAAUGAAUGUCAAGGAUGAGGAGCUGGAAGACAUGCUGAAAGAAGGGAAGGGGCCAAUUAACUUCACUGUCUUCCUUACAUUGUUUGGGGAAAAACUGAAUGGCACCGACCCAGAGGAAUCCAUCCUUGCUGCCUUCAAGUUGUUUGACCCAAAUGCAACUGGCUUUGUGAACAAAGAUGAGUUUAAACAACUCCUGAUGACUCAGGCAGACAAGUUCUCUCCUGAGGAGGUGGACCAGAUGUUUGCUGUAGCUCCCAUUGAUGUGGCUGGAAAUAUUGACUACAAAUCUUUGUGUUACAUCAUCACACAUGGUGAUGAGAAGGAAGACUGAAGAACUGGGAGGAAACUGGUAGAGUGUGGUGAUGGCAACUAAUACUAGGAGUACAGUGCCCUGCUAGUGUUCCAGCAAUAAAAGACCUAGUGAGAAAUAAUAA